UGUCUGGAAUGUAUUCUACUCGUGGCGCGGCGUCCCGACUUCUGUCUGGACGUCUUGCCGAAAGGUUAACGGCGCAUCGGCAUGUCCAAACCGUGAAGUGAUCCGAAAAGUCGGGGCGUACGAGCCAAGACGAUUGAAUUGAAGUUUGAUAGAGAUCUGGACUCCGGGAUGGCCUUGGGCUUGAGGGCUCGAUCGUUGGUGGUGGAGAGGGUAUAUAGAAUGAGUCGCGCAGUCGCGCAGCAUCCCUAGGGGAGCGAUGUUGAUCUCGUCAUUCAUUCAUUCACUCAUUCUUUGCGCUUCACCACUCUUUCAACAUGAAGCUGCUACUCACUCUCAUUCUAUCGGCCCUGGUUGGCCUAACAUGCGGUCUCGCAUCUACAGAUACCAUCACCUGGGGAGGCGACAACUCCCGAACAGGCUACCAGACUAACCAUAACAUGGAUCCCGCAAUCGUAGGAAGCCCUCAAUUUGACAUCGUCUUCAAAACAGCACUCCCAGGAAAAUACGUCGGCGCCGCAGAACAGAUCUUCUCCCAACCACUAGUCUACACUCCUUCAGGUGGAACAACGCAAUACGUUUAUCUUGCGACGACUCAGAAUAAUAUUUACAAACUUGAUGCAAAGACUGGUGUUAUUCUUGCAUCGAGAAAUAUCGGCAUUCCGUUCCUUACUGCUGAUCUGGACGGUUGCGUUGAUGUCAACCCUACUGUUGGCGUCACAGCGACUGGUGUUAUUGAUCCCGAUACCGAUACGUGGUACAUCACGUCAAAGACGUAUGUUAACCAGAAUGCGGGCCAGGUUCCGCAGGGAAGACCGGCAGGGAGGUAUAAGAUCCAUGCUAUCAACGUGAAUGAUCUUUCGGAGCGACAGAACUUUCCUGUUGAUCUGGAGGGCACGAUUGCAAGGAAUAAUCCUGAGAGGAUGUUCACAGGCGGUAUUCACCACCAACGACCUGGACUACUCCACACAGGACAAUAUGUCUACGCCGGCUUCGCAUCGCAUUGUGUACAGUAUAACUUUACCGGCUGGAUCAUGGGCUGGGACAAGACCACCGGACAAAUCGUCGAGCACUGGGCUUCUGAAGGCCUCGGAGUAAGCAGUAACAUCUCCGGUGCUGGAAUCUGGCAAUCUGGCGGUGGUCUUGCCUCUGACGACGCAGGGUCUAUGUUCUUCGCCACUGGAAACGGAUACGCUUCUCAACUCUCCACCAUUCCUGUUAAUGGCUUCACGCCUCCGACUGCGAUGGAACAAGCCGCUGUUCAUAUGUCAAUCAACAGUGAUGGUACUCUCUCAAUUGUGGACUUCUUCAUGCCGUUUGAGAAGCAGGAACUUGAUGGUGCGGAUAAGGACCUGGGAACGAGUCCUCUUGAGAUUCUGCCGAGUCAAUUCUCGUGCGGUGAUAUUAAGAGGAUGGGUAUUGUCACUGGCAAGUCUGGAAAGACUUAUUGGCUUAAUCUUGAUGAUCUUGGUGGUUAUCGCAAUGGUCCUAACUCGAAGGAUAGAGUCAUCCAGACGUUUCAGAAUGAGAAUUCUGUGUAUGCGGGCGCUGGUGUUUAUCCUCUCGAAGGAGGCUACAUUUACAUCAAUGUGAUCCAAUACCCAACGCACGUCUUCAAAUUCUCCUGUCUCAACAACACACCCUACUUCACAAAAGUCGCCGACUCACCCACCAACAACGCUUACAUCCUCGGCGUAAGCCACGGCACAACAACAUCCCUCAACAACCAAGAAGGCACAGGUCUCCUCUGGGUAUCCGACGUCCAAAACACUAACUUCAAGAUCUACGACGCCGUUCCUCAGAACGGCUACCUCAACGUCAUUCGAAACUUCACCAUUGUGGGGAUUACCAAGUUUAGUAGACCUGUGUUCGGUGAUGGUAUGGCGUAUAUUGGCACGACGGUGGGAUACUUUUAUGGUCUUGGGUCGACGAAUAAGUUUCCGCUUAAUUGUACGAGUUCAAUUGAUUUCGGGACAGUGGACUUUCAGGGAAGUGGCGUGCAGCUUGUUAAUUGUACGGCGGUGUUUGAUCUGAGUGUUACGGGUGUUGCGCUUGCGGAUGGGACGAACUAUAACAUCAGUCAGACGCCGAGUCUGCCGUUGUCUAUGUCUGCGGGGGAUAAAUUCCAAUUCGCAGCGCAGUUCGCCCCCAAGAGUGUUGGAAGGUUGGGUACUACCAUCAAUAUUCAGACUUCGGGCGUGUCGGAUGCGUCGUAUAGCAAGUCUGUCAAGGUCAGGCUUACGGGCAUCGGCAAGAGUUCGAAUUCGUUGUUGGAUGUUAGCCCCAAGUCUGUGGUGUUCACAGGUCUCGUCACCGGUACGCAAGCUGAAGCUCAGAGCGUUCUUAUCGGCAACGAUGGAUCGAGCGAUCUCCAGGUUUCUUCAGUUCUGUUUUCUAACACCUCUUCAUCCGGUCCAUUCACCACCUGGUCGGGCACAGGUAGUCUCACCGUCGGUAAGUUCACACUGACUGGUAUCCCAAGUAUAGUCCCUGGAGGAAACGACACUGCCAUCUCUGUCAAGCCAGAUACGUCUGUUACUGGGAACUACACGGCUUGGGUCAAGUUCGUCACCACCGGAGGCAAUGCUACGGUGUCUUUGUCUGCUGCCGCUGGCGAUCCUCCAACCGCUCUUCUCGAGUUCCAAACACCAGAUGGAAGCGGCUGGGUCAAGUACGAUCCCAGCAAUCCCUUCACAUUCGGAAACGUCACAGAAAAUACAUCUCGUUCUCUCAAAUUCCGUGUCUCAAACACUGCUGCUCCCGGUGGUGUCAAGCUCGGUCUCACAGUCUCAAAACCACCCUUCGGCGUUCCAGGCAUCAUCAAAUCAGCAAACCAGAUUGAUCUCGCUGAAGGAACACUCAUCGCUCCAGGUCAAAGCCAAACAGCAACGUUAACCUGCACCGUCCCCAAAAGCCAAUGGAACCUCCCAUCUUACAACGGCACCGCCCAGUGGACUAUCAACACCAACGAUCCAACCUGGUCUUUCGAAAAGCGCGCAGUGCAAUUCUUCUGCAACGCCGUCUCCGAACAAGCAGCUCCUCUUCUCCCCAACGGCCAAGGACGGUAUCAAUACGUCGGCUGCUUCAAGGAGAACAAUCCCGGCCGUCAGCUCUCCUACCAACUCUACGCCAAUAGCUCCAACACCAAUGAGAUGUGCAUCAACACUUGUGGGUCUGAAGGUCUAACAUUCUGCGGUACGCAAUACCGAAGUGAAUGCUGGGCAGGCAACAAGAUCCCGACUCAAAAGGUCGACGAUAAGAAUUGUAACUUCGACUGUGCGGGAAGUCUGAACCAGAUUUGCGGUGGGAAUGGUGUUGAUGGCAGUGGAGCUUAUAUCAGUCUCUUCGCUGAUACACUUCACGCUGCAACGCCCCAAGGACCGUCUGUCAACCCUGGUGUCGGUGGUUACACCAGCAUUGGGUGUUAUACUGAGGCUACCAAUGCUCGAGCACUUCCUAAUGGUAGGGGGAAUAAUCCCCCUACUGUUGCGAACUGUGUUCAGGCUUGUAGUAAUGAGAACUUCGUUUAUGCUGGUGUGGAAUAUGGUGGAGAGUGUUACUGCGGAAAUAGUUUCUCGGACGGAUCAGUGCCUGCUCCGAUCACUGAUUGCGGCAUGACUUGCAACGGCAACUCGAGCGAAUACUGUGGUGGUCCUAGCCGUCUUAACGUCUAUGAACUCAACGCGGUCUACAGUAGUUCAUUACCCACAUCAAUGGGGGCUUUGUCGUCAGCUAGUAGCGUGGGCUCCUCAGUAGCUGCCUCUUCAAGUGCUGCUCUCUCCGUGUCAGGCUCUGGUUCAGUUGCAUCUACCAGCAUUAGAGCUGCGUCUAGUUCCUCAAGCGCCUCCCUCUCGUCGUCUUUGGCCUCAGCGAGUGGAAGCUCUUCUUCUAGUGGACACAAGCUCAGCCAGCAGUUCGACCUCAGCUCCCGUUUCAAGCAGUAUAUCGACAAGCUCCACGAGCUCUUUCAGCACUUCACUGAGCGUAUUUGGCAAUAUCGCCGGCGGCCUCAACAGCGCUUCUUCUUCUACCUCCAGCUCUUUACCAGCUUCCUCUUCCGGAAGCUUGGCGUCAACAAGCAGCGCCACAAGUCUCUCAAGCUCUGGAGGCUCAAGCAGCUCGGCUCUCAGCUCUUCCACGAGCGGCGCAGCAACGAGUGCUUCUUCGACUGCCAGUACCAGUACCACCAGCUCUGCUUCUCGGUCUACAGCCUCGACUACAAACACUGCCCCAACCACAUCGACCUCAUCUGCCUCUACUUCGUCGACGACAUCUUCUGGCACAAGCUCAAGUACUUCUUCGACAACAUGGACAACCUUCGCUACACUCUCUUCAACUAGCUCGCGUGCCUCCACCACAACAACCAGUACGACUUCAUCAAUCUCGAGUUUAGUGUCUGCGAGCGUGGCGUCGUCAAGCACGUUGCCUUCAAGCGUUUUAAGCGCCCCAAGCGCCCCUUCUCUUAGUGUGCUAUCAUCAGUGACAACGUCUUCCAUCGUCAGUCGCCCCUCAUCGG